AUGGAUGGAUUUGCAGAAGCAAAUCUUCUUCUCAACUCCGCUCUUGCACAACUGGACGAAAUUAUCAUAAAUGGGAGCAAGUGUCGAGGACCUUCCAGUGAGAACGGCUCGCCUCAGCCUUGUAAGGCGGAACCGUGGACAGCUGAAAACAUGCGACGGGAUAUUGAUGAAGAGCUAGAUUUGGAGAGCACAACCGCGCACGAUGUUGAGGAUGAUCGCUCAACCAAGGCAAGUGAUUGGAGCAGCAAAGGAUCUGAUGCUUCAUCAGGGGUAGAGUCGCCACCUUCAGAUGUACCUACUUCAUCAUCCUCAUUAUGCAAUCCGCCAAAGAUAUACAGCGAAUUUUUAAAGGCUAUUGAAGAACAAACAUUAACAGAAAAACCGGAUGCAGAGACUCAACUCAAAAUUAUACAGUGGCUGACAGGUAGUUGUAGUUCAUCUCCUUCGAUGUCGACAGUUUCGUGCCCAGAGUAUCCGGAAAUGCAAGAGAAGGUCCAUCGACUUGCUAUGGCUAGAGACAGUCUUUCGCUGCAGGUUUCGGUUCUAAAUGAGCAAGUUGGUGCACAGAAGGAAAAGAUCAGAGAUUUGGAAGCCCUUCUAGCGUUGAAACGGAAUAGUCUUAACUCAACUGAAGAACUUCUGCAAGAUAAGUACCACUAUAUGGGUGAUUGUACUGAACUUGAGUCAAAAAGACUGAACCUUAUGGAGGAGGUGUCAAGUUUAAAGCUAAAGUACGCUACAUUAGAGCAGCAAAGGAAUGAAACUGAAAAGAUGUUAAAGUUGUCGCAGAACGAAAUGGAUCAUGUAAACCAGUCAAUGAAUAGUAUGGUGGUGCAAAAGCAGUUACGUUCACAAACAAGCAGUGGAAAUAGGCAGCCUUCACAGCUUCCUACUGUGAAAGGAAGCCAAGGGUCGAAAGAGAGUUUUCGGAACCAUCGUGUCUUCCAUUCACCAUUGGACCACUGUAUUUCUACAUUGAGGAAGGACAGCCAAUUUUCUUUGGGUUUCUCCCGUCUGCGAUAUAGAGCAAAGAUCGGAGAGGAGGAAACGGGUAGAGGAAGUAAUAUUAAUGCGAAUUUCCCUGUGGUACCGUUCCCCGCAAUGAUAUUCAAACCUCAGGAUCCCCAUCCUCGAGUGGAUGCCAAGUUUCGUUUGUUCACCACAUCAGUUUUCUCGAUUCUCAAACGUUUUUCGAGAAAACAUCCUAUUUCUAAUCUCACGCCAAUGCAACGCUCUGGCCUACGUGAGAUACGCGAACUCUCAACACGUGGCGAGAUAAAGGUCACAAUCAGCGAUAAGGGAGGAGAGUUUGUGGUCAUAUCACGUGAACUAGACAUGGCUAUCACUCGAAAACAUCUGGAUGACGCUACACUCUACCACUCUUCGUCACAUGAAGAGUUCAUAAAACAGAGUCGCCGUCUCAAUAAAGUUUGGGUAGAGAUUGAAAAGGCUGCGGGGUUACAUAAAACAAUGAUCACAAAGCUGAAAUACGAACUUCCUACUUGCCCAGUUUUAUACCUGCUAAUAAAAACACAUAAACUCUCUUCCUUUGCUUUCCUUUCAGAAGACCCGGAUGUAUUCAAAGUACGUCCUAUCAUAAGCAACGUAGGUGGCCCCACGGACAGAAUAUCUUGGCUUUUGAACGCUAUACUUGCACCAUUGCUCAAGUAUGUUCCCGCGCAUCUAUCCAACACCAACAUGUUCCUUGAGCAGCUUAAAAGAGCGCGUUCAGAAAAAGAAUGUGUCAUCGAAUCUUUCGACGUCACAUCGCUUUAUACAAAUGUUUCCAACGGCGCUGCAAUGCAAGCUGUGUUCGAGCUACUCGUAGAACAUCGGGACACCUUAGACUCGCACGGGUUUUCCAUAAGGCAAAUUAUGACGCUCCUGGAUGAAUGCUUAAAGUGCUCCAUUUUUCGUUGGGCCGGCAACUACUAUAAACAGGUCAGGGGAUGGGCCAUGGGACAAAGACUAGCUCCCACACUAGCCAUUGCAUUCAUGUCCAAAAUAGAACAACCCAUUCUGGAACGGAAAUCUUUCCUGUAUUGCCGUUAUAUUGAUGACUGUUGCAUUAUAUGCCCCACUCAAGACGAGAUGGACACUUGUUUCGAGCUUCUAAACCAACAGUCCCUUUAUAUACGGUUCACAAGGGAGAAACCCAAAGAAAAUUGGCUGUCCUUCCUCAAUGUAGAAAUACAGUGGUCCAAUGGUGAAUGGAAGACACGAUGGUUCCGAAAACCUAGCAGCAAAAACAUUUUAGUUCAUUGUCUUUCCGCUCACCUUUGGAAAACUAAGAAAUCUAUGGUUAAAAACAUGUUUAGGACAGCCGUAAGGGUGACAUCAGAUGUCCAGGAGCGGAUCGAUGCGAUCAACCUAGCGCAACGCAUCGCGAAUUCUAACGGUUACAAUGGUAAUGUAGCACGUAGGCCAGAUCUUGGUGCGCAGCAAGAAUAUGCCACACGGGUUGAGUUGAAUAAGAUCAAUUUCUGCCUGCCCUUCAUAACCGACGACCUGAGUAAAGCUAUACGGGCUAGUCUGGUGAAAUGCGGUCUCGAGGACCAAGUGAGAGUUGUGGAAAUACCUCCAACAAAUCUCAAAAAACAACUAGUUCGAAACAGAAUGUACGACCGCUUCUGUCUCACUCCAGACUGUGUAAUAUGCCCAUUCGGGAAGGAAGGGGACUGCAUGGUCUCUGGUGUAGUCUAUCUAAUUUCGUGCAAAACAUAUGAAGAAAUGGAGCAACUUCGAAGUACCGUUCAACGUCUCAUAGCCGACAAUGAACAGAAAAACCAUCAAAUUAGCAGUCUUCGCAAUGCAUUAGACGAACAACUGCGAACCAGGUCCCAUCGGGAUGGGUAUUAUCCGGUGUCUCGGUGGAAUGAGCAACCUCCUUAUGACCUUAACACUCAAAUACGGUUGUUAUUGUUGGAAGAGCCGCUAGAACCUAUGACCCACUCCACUUCGUUUCCACUUCGCUUGUGCUCCUCAACCCAUCAUAGAGAUGCCAUUCAGCCUUCCUCGUCUUUCACUUCUUCGCGUUCCACUGUCUCUUCGUACCACAGUUUGCUGCAAACUGGCAACGGCCAUUUGUACCCAAGCAUUGUUGGCACGAGAAGUGAACAAAGUUAUCGAUCCCCUUCAUCACCGGCUGCACGUCAACUUGCUGCUGAACUUGACGAAUUGCGUCGAAUAAGCAAUGAACCACACGGAAAUCAGCCACACUCUUCCACAAGUUUGCCGCGUAGGAUGGGAAACAAGGCGUCAUCUACGCUAGCGCUCCCAACGAAAAAACACUCAUUGACAUCUGGAACAUCAGCCGUUGAGUCGGAUGAUGAGGUUGCUCGAGGAGUUGUGAGAAAUACGGUAGCAUCUUCUCGUAACAGUUCCGAUGCUAAGCCAGUGAAGAGAGAUAGGAUGCGGUCUUCGCUGAGAAACCUCUUUAGUAAGCUGACACGAAGUACUUCACAAGAACAAACUAGCUCCGUAUUCGGGAGGAAGAAUGCAGCACGUUCAUCGUCUUCUGCUCGCCAUCCGGCGAGUGCUUUAUCAGGUGGAGCGGAGCUUUUCCCUUCGCUUUCACGGUUCGUUGACUGGAAAUCCGAGAAGUUGGCAGAUUGGAUAGGAAAAGUGGGAUUUGCACAAUAUGUGCCUGAAAUUGCAAAAAAUGUCCGAUCAGGGCAACAUUUGCUUAACAUGAACAGUCGCGAAUAUGAAUCUAUUCUCGGCAUGAAGAGUGCACUACACAGAAAGCGGUUAAACCUUCUGCUACGGAGGAUUGAAGGUGACGUCGCCGGCCCUGCACGUAGCUGGGAUGUGCAGCAGACGCAGAAAUGGCUUGAAGAUAUCGGCCUUCCACAGUACAAGGAUGUUUUCUCCGAAAAUUUGGUUGAUGGAUUGAUGCUACUUUCCUUGAAUGCGGCAGACCUCGUCGAGAUGCGGGUGGUUAAUGCUCACCAUUUUAUGUGUAUAUCAAGAAGCAUUCAGUACAUGAAGAUGGUAGACUUCAAACAUGACCGUAUGAUUCGAAAAUUUAAUGAAUCUAUGAUUUCGAGUUAUCCGCGACCUGAAGCUGUAGUAAACUGGACGCAUUCUGCAACAUGUGAAUGGCUUCAGAAAAUCGAUCUUGAUGAAUUCACACCCAACCUUCUCUGCGCUGGAACACCAGGAGCCCUUAUGGUGUAUGAACCCACUUUCACUGCGGAAACACUGGCGGAAAUUCUGCAAAUGCCUCCACACAAAACUCUACUGAGAAGGCACCUUACAACACAUUUCAACCAGCUGUUAGGGCAGAAAAUCGUGGCCGAAAAGAGAGAUUUUCUUGCCACAGGCACUCAUCCACAGCUUUUACCUGGUGUACGAAUAAAGAUUCUGAAGAAGGGACUCUCAAUACCGCGCAAGAAGACGAAAACGGAGUUUUAUCUGGAACCAGACGAGUUAUUAUGUCCUCCCAUUCUUAAGUUAAAGUAUCCAACUAUGUCCCAGUCAGAUAUCUUUACAUAG